AUAAGUACAAGGCAAUUGAUUAUCUUUUUUCUAUUCGCACCAAAUCCACAUAAUUACGUGUGUUACGUGGGAAAACCGAAAGGCACGCAAUCUGCGAACUUCACUUUACGUGGACACACUUCAUUUGAAAAAGUAGCGUUUUUCUUUAAAAUUCCUAACCUUAUAUCCACGUAAUUACGUGGAUUUGGUGCGAAUAGACACAGCGUUAUUAUUAACUGCUGUGAAAAGAACGUUCCAACAUGGGUGUUAUCGAAAGAGUAGUUAAGCCCAAAACUCACAGGGCUAAAAGGGCACUUGAGAAAAAAGAGCCCAAAAUAAUUGAAGAUCCCAAGCAAACGAUCUAUAUUAAGGGUUCCAAAACUUCCCCAAUUGGACAGAGUUGCAUGAAAGAUUUGUAUCAAUUAAAAAAACCAGGUGGCCAAAUGAUGCAAAAGAGAAAUGAAAUUCAUCCUUUCGAAGAUGCCACAUUGAUUGAAAAAUUUAGCAAGAAAUACAAUGCGGCUCUGUUUAUGUUCGUUUCCAGUAAUAAAAAAAGACCCCACAAUCUCGUACUUGGAAGACUCUUUGAACAUACUUUGAUGGACAUGGUAGAAUUCGGGGUGGAAAAUUACACAGCUUUGGAAACUUUCAAGACAGAAAAAAUUUGUGAAGGAAUAAAACCUAUUUUAGUAUUUCAAGGGGAGUUGUUUGAAAAUAACCACGAGUAUGGAAGGAUUCGUAACUUGUUGGUUGACAUGUUCCAAAGAGAAACAGUUGGUCAAAUCAGAUUACAAGGAUUGGAGCAUGUCUUGAGUUUCACAGCCCAUGACAACUGCAUACUCUUUAGGAGUUACAGGGUUCAAUUGAAAAAAUCUGGAACCAGAAUACCAAAAAUUGAAUUAGUAGAAAUAGGACCACGCAUGGAUCUGAGAGUGAGAAGAACAAAACUUGCGACAGACGAUCUAUUCAAACAGGCUUGCAAAAGACCUAAAGAACUCAAGGUAAAGAAGAAGAAGAACAUAAGCGAAGAUGGAUUAGGAAAAACCCUUGGAAGAAUACAUAUGGGUUCACAGAAACUGCAUAAAAUACAGACAAGAAAAAUGAAAGGCUUGCGCAAAACUCCCACAGAAGUUAAAGCAGAAAAAAAAAGAAAAAGUUUAAUUGUUGAUGAAGAAUCAGCUAAAAAAUUAAAGGUUGUUAAUGCCGAGGCUGAAUAAGUUCAAUUUACAUUU